AUGUCUGGCAAAGACGGCAUCAUCGCCACUGAAAAGGGCGAGGCUGUCCCCGAAUACGAAGGCACGUCCCAGGUCCUUCCCAAGGAGACUGGCGAUUCGUACUCUCAAGAGAGCUUCCUCACUCGCACUGGCCUCACCAUUGACUCUUUCAAGCCGAAGCAUUAUGGCGAGGGCAUUGUAGAACUGGAGAGACCGAUGAAGGCGCGCCACCUGCAUAUGAUUGCCAUCGGUGGCUCCAUCGGUGCUGGUUUUUUCGUCGGUUCCGGCGGUGCUCUGUACAAGGGUGGCCCCGGUAGUGUUCUCAUCGAUUUCCUCAUCAUUGGUGUCAUGAUGUUCAACGUCGUCUAUGCUCUGGGUGAGCUCGCCGUAAUGUAUCCCGUCUCUGGUGGUUUCUAUACCUACUCGACCCGCUUCAUCGAUCCUUCCUGGGGUUUCGCAAUGGGGUGGAAUUACGUCUUCCAGUGGGCCGUCGUAUUACCCCUCGAAUUAACAGUCUGCGGUAUCACCAUCCAGUACUGGGACGAAAAUACUUCGCUUGCUGUCUGGAUCGUCGUCUUCCUCGUCUUGAUCAUCAUCAUCAACGUCUUCGGCGCUCUUGGGUAUGCUGAGGAAGAGUUCUGGUCUUCCAUCUUCAAGCUCGGAGCCACCGUUGUCUUCAUGAUCAUUGCCCUCGUCCUUGUUCUUGGUGGUGGCCCAAGCAGCGGCGCAUACAGCGAGUAUCAGGGAGCCAAGCUUUGGUAUAACCCGGGUGCUUUUAAGAACGGCUUCAAAGGCUUUUGCUCUGUCUUCGUCACUGCUGCCUUUGCCUUCUCUGGCACUGAGUUGGUUGGUCUGGCCGCUGCGGAAUCUCACAACCCCGUCCGUGCUCUUCCCGGCGCUAUCAAGCAGGUCUUCUGGCGAAUCACCCUCUUCUAUAUCCUUGGUCUCUUCUUCGUCGGCCUUUUGAUCAACUCGAAUGACGAUGCGCUCUUGUCCAGCUCCGCCUAUGCUGAUGCCAAGGCUUCACCUUUUGUUCUUGUUGGAAAGUAUGCCGGCCUUAAGGGAUUUGACCAUUUCAUGAACGUCGUGAUUCUGGUGUCCGUCCUUUCGAUUGGUGUUUCUGGCGUUUACGGUGGCUCUCGCACGCUCACGGCUCUUGCUCAGCAGGGAUACGCCCCUAAAAUUUUCAGCUAUAUCGACAGGUCCGGUCGUCCGCUCUUCUCGGUUCUCGUCAUCAUUGCUUUUGGAUUCCUUGCUUUUAUUAGCUUGGCUUCUUCUGGUCCUGUUGUCUUUGACUGGCUGCUCGCUCUUUCUGGCCUCGCCGCUCUAUUCACCUGGGGCUCCAUCUGCCUUGCCCAUAUUCGAUUCCGUGCCGCUUGGAAGUACCACGGCCACACUCUGGAUGAGAUUCCCUUCAAGGCUGCUGGUGGCGUUGCUGGCUCAUGGCUCGGCCUCUUCUUGAUUCUCAUCGUCCUCAUGGCCCAGUUCUAUACUGCCAUCGUCGCCCCUCCUGGUCAGUCUGGUAUGGGCACUGUCGAGGGCUUCUUCAAGCAAUACCUUGCGCUUCCUGUCGUUCUCUUCUUCUGGGCCUGCGGUUUCCUGUGGAAGCGUACUGGCUGGCUCUCCAUUGCCCAAAUGGAUGUCGACACCGGGCGCCGUGAGCUUGACUGGGAAGAGAUCAACGCUUUCCGGGCACAGGUUGCUGCAUACCCUGCUUGGAGACGUGUCCUUCAUGCCUUUUUCUAA